AUGCCGGUCACUAGUUUCCUGCGUCGGAAGUCCACCGGAAACGAGUUGGAGGCAAGCACCGACGCCGGUGCCUCGUCUCAUGGAACGUUCCGCACAUUAGAUCGAGCAGAGGUUGAGGCUCAAGCUGCAGCUAGAGCAGCAGAGCAAGAGAAGGCACAACAGAAAAAGGGACUCUUCAGCAGAUUCAGCGGUGGCGGCAAUAAGCCUCCCGGCUCCGCGAAUCGUCGACAGCAUUCCUUCGAGGAUGAAUCUCCCGGUGGACAGAGGGGUAGCAACGGAAGUAGUGCCGCCAACUCCGCGCUUUCGCGCGUGUACGACACCUCUUCACAGUCAGCUCGGCAUAGCUCCAGCUCAACACUUCCCUCCGCAGACGACGACAACAUGUUCGCCAACACUCACCCACAUACAUCGCCCAAUCAUUCUGCACUACGGUCAUCACAUACUUGGGGAGGCCAAGGCGGUCCUCAAGUUCCUCCGAAGUCCAGCAACAUAGAGCGCCCAACCGCUCAGUUCCGCGAGAGAUCUCAGACGCAGUCGAGCUAUGCUAGUACAGCUAUUGCUCCGCGUGUUGAGGCCAGUCUGCCACCCUCGGCCAGCAGCUUUUCGAGCGAGUUUGAUAACAUGUUUGAAUCGUUAGAGUCGCAGCCGAAAUCUAGCAAUGCCAGAUCUGCCGCACACGAGUCGACUCUUACUACGCCCGGCCGAUCCCUGCUCGCUGGCAGACAACGAUUUCAGCAGGAGCCUGUGAAUGUGGAGAGAUCUCUCCACGUCGACCCUGCUCCAACGUCUUGGGAUAGUAGGGACUCUGCCGAGCGACUCAUCCUUUCUCCCACCGAUUCGGAGAUGUCCCCGCCUCCUGUACCUCCGCACGCACAUUUAAGGACGCCAUCGCCAUCUCAGCAGGCCGCUGCGGCUAGCGAGCCAGACACCACCGAGACUCUCUACGGGGGAAUGUCUAACCGCGGAGGUGCCAAAUACAACGCGGUAGGCUCAACAAACCAUUUCUCAAAAGGAAAGGGUAAAGCCCCAAUGCCCGCAGCCUCAGCCACUGCCCGCGAACCGCUGCGUGAACCACUUUCAACGUCCGCAGCUACCCGACAGCCGCUCUCCACGUCGCUCACUCCGCGCCAAGCCAUCUCCACAUCCGCUUCUUCCUCGAACACACUGCAGACGCCUUCUUCAUCUCGGUCCGCCUCGAACAACGCAACACCGCGUGCACAGGGCCAUUCGCUUGUCGACGGUGCCCGAAUGGAGUCUGUUCCUCUGAACUCUUCACCUGCCGUCGGCACCGAUGAUGAAGACACGCCCUUGUUUGACGCAGCAACCAUAUCCUCCGUCAACGCAGCCCGACGAUUUGCGGAAAGCGAGCCUCCUAGGCGCGUCAUGCGAGCUGAAGACUUUCGGAGGGAGCAGAAGCUCGCGAAUUCCAGGCCCCCCCCUCAAGACGACAGCAGUGAGGAGGAGAACGAGUACGAAGAUGAAGAUGAGGAAGAACGCCAUCAGGCCCAACGAGAACUGCGCCGUAGACAAGAAGCACAGCUUGCGGCAAGUCGUGAGGUUAUGAGACGCACUGUUGGCAACGAUAGCGCGCGCCCAGCGAGCCAGGCUGGCACAAUUCCUUCUUCGGGUUUCCCUGCACACAUGUCCCUCCAUGACGACUGGGACGAGAACGCCGAUAUGCCUCUCGGAAUCCUCAAAGCUCAUGGAUUUCCUUCACAAGGUCGCCCGCCGACCCAACCAGCAAACUACACACCUUCAUACACCGGCAUCGCAGAGCGCCCAGCUUCUGCUGGUGCCUUGGGCAACGGACAAGCUCGAUCUAGCGUACCAGUCUUUGCUCGAAACCUGCCUUUAGACCCUUUCCGCGUCGAAAUUCCCACAGACCGUCAGUCAUUCCACCUUGGCGGGGGCAAUCCUCUACCAGGCCCGCGUUCGUCAACAGGUCCGCCUUCUGCUUACGGGGGAAGCACCAACAUGAGCUACAUGGAUGUGAUCCAGGCCGAGGAGCGAGCCAAGGCCAUUCGGCGAGGAAGCCCUGGACAUAAGCACUUUGGGUAUGGCGACACUCUCCACCAACAGAUGCCCCGUACGCAGACCAUGUCGUCAAUGAUGCAGCCACCGUGGGGAUCUCAGCAGCAGCAAUUCCAGCAACAGCAAUUCCAGCCACAACAAUUCCAGCCACAACAGCCGUUCCCUAUGAUGCCUCAGAUGCCAAUGGGAGGGCAGCCCGGCGGCGGCGCAGAGUUCCAAAUGGCGUUCAUGAUGGCACAGCAGAUGCUGAUGCAACAGCAACAGCAGGCUGCUUUGGUAGGCCAAAUGGGACAAAUGAACCUAGGAGGCCAGCCACAGCCCGCAAAUCCGUACGCAUUCCAGACGAAUGGAUUCUUGGCUCCAAAUCGCGCUCAAAACCCGAACCAACUGCGCCCGCAGUCGGUUGCUUCUAACGUCUCCGCGGCGCGCCCGUACGGGCCAAACCGCACAACCUCUACCCCUAAUCCGCAGCCUCGAGCCCCGCAAACAGGUAACGUAUCACUUGACAGCGGAUUCACAUCCCCUUUCCUUGGCUUUUCUUCACAAAACGGCGGUGGCUAUGCCCCGUCUAUCGCUCCAUCUGAACGUUCUAACAUAGGCUUAGCUUCACGGUACCGACCCGUCGUGGCAUCGCCGCCACCGGACGCUACGUCGAUUGGGUCGUCUUUGACGGCCCAGGCGACCGCUGGCGCUCCGGGGGCGGCGGGGGCAGUGAACCGGGCGCCGUCGCCCCUCGCGGGUGGCGAGGCAGAGGACGCGGCGUGGAAGAGCCUGGGGGAGAGGCGGAAGAAGUGGGGGAAGAAGGGGAAGAAGGGGGAGGGGUUGGGGGAACUGUGGGCCGGGGAAAGGGAGGCUUAG